AGGAGCAUUUGAGUCAGGCAUGGCGUCGUCUUCCUACUUGGAGCCCAACCUUAAUCACUCCGCAGCGGGUGGUUGUGGGGUUAAAUCCCGCUCUGCUGGAGGCCUUGAGCGGCCCCCAGGCUCCAUGGACCGAGUUCUCAAGAUCUUCCAUUACUUUGAGACAAAUAGUGAACCAUGUACCUGGGCUAGUAAUAUCAGGCAUGGAGAUGCUACAGAUGUCAGGGGUGUUAUCCAGAAGAUAGCAGAGAUCCAUAAACUGCGCUGUGUGUCAUCUCUGGGCCUCCGUCUCACCCAUCUGCACUCUGAUGCUCUCCAUUGGUUACACCCUGAUUUGGGUGUGUCUCACGUCAGAGAGAAAUAUGAGAAACAGCACCCCCAGGAGGAGUGGAGGUAUGAGUUGCGGAUGCGGUACCUUCCUAAAGGUUACCUCAGCCAUUUCUCUGAAGACAAACCCUCUCUCAACUACCUCUAUCACCAGGUAAAGAGUGAUUACAUGCAACAUAUAGCUGAUCAGGUGGAUCAAGAUGUUGCUUUGAAACUGGGCUGUUUGGAAAUUAGGAGGUUCUUCAGAGAGAUGCCAGGCAACGCCCUGGAUAAGAAAUCCAACUACGAACUACUAGAGAAAGAUGUUGGUUUGAGAAGGUUCUUCCCCAAAAGCCUGCUGGACUCUCUCAAGGCAAAGACUCUUCGUAAGCAGAUCCAGCAGACCUUUAAGCAGUUUGCUAACCUCAACGAUGAGCAGAGCAUCCACAAGUUCUUUGAGAUACUCUCCCCCAUCUACCGCUUCGACAAGGAGUGCUUCAAAUGUGCUUUAGGGUCUAGUUGGGUAAUAUCAGUAGAGUUAGCUAUCGGACCAGAGGAAGGAAUCAGCUACCUCACAGAUAAGGGCUCGACGCCUACGCACUUAGCUAACUUUAACCAAGUUCAGUCCAUCCAGUACUCUGCUUUGGAAGAGAAGGACAGGAAAGGCAUGCUGCAGCUCAACGUAGCAGGAGCUCCAGAGCCUCUCACAGUCACUACGGCAUCGCUGACUACAGCAGAAAACAUGGCUGACUUGAUUGACGGAUACUGUCGGCUCGUCUCCUCGGCUACUCACUCCUUCAUCGUCAGAGUCCACAAAGAGGGGGACAGAGCUCUGCCUUCUAUACCCAAAGUUUCAAAUCAUGAGAAGCGGAUGGAAAAACGGAUGGACGGAGUACGGACCAGAGCUGUUUGUGUCUCAGGUCACACUAGUGGCGAUGAAACUGACGACUAUGCUGAGAUCAUAGAUGAGGAGGACACCUACACAAUGCCUUCAACCCGGGACUAUGAGAUUCAGCGGGAUCGCAUUGAGCUGGGACGCUGCAUAGGUGAGGGUCAGUUUGGCGACGUCCACCAAGGAGUCUACAUCAGCCCGGAGAACCCAGCUCUGUCUGUGGCAGUGAAGACUUGUAAGAACUCAACAUCAGACAGCGUCAGGGAAAAGUUUCUCCAAGAAGCUUUGACCAUGCGUCAGUUUGACCAUCCUCACAUUGUGAAGCUGAUGGGAGUUAUCACAGAAAAUCCAGUCUGGAUCAUCAUGGAGCUCUGCACACUCGGAGAGUUACGGUCGUUUCUCCAGGUGAGGAAGUACAGUCUAGACCUGGCCACUCUCAUCCUAUACUCCUACCAGCUCAGCACAGCACUGGCCUAUCUGGAGAGCAAACGCUUUGUACACAGGGACAUUGCAGCGCGGAACGUGUUGGUGUCGACAGUCGACUGUGUGAAACUGGGGGACUUUGGUCUGUCGCGAUACAUGGAGGAUAGCUCUUAUUACAAAGCAUCGAAAGGUAAACUACCUAUUAAAUGGAUGGCUCCAGAAUCCAUCAACUUCAGACGAUUUACCACAGCCAGUGAUGUCUGGAUGUUUGGCGUCUGUAUGUGGGAGAUCCUUAUGUUCGGCAUCAAGCCUUUCCAGGGUGUGAAGAACAACGACGUCAUUGGGAGGAUAGAGAACGGCGAGCGGCUGGCGAUGCCCCCUCAGUGCCCUCCUACUCUCUACAGCUUGAUGACAAAGUGUUGGUCUUAUGAUCCCAGCAAGAGGCCGCGAUUCAAUGAACUCAAAACACAACUGAGCACUAUCUUAGAGGAGGAGAAGCUCCAGCAGAAGGAGAGGAGCAGGAUGGAGAUGAGGAGGCAGGUCACUGUUUCUUGGGACUCAGGAGGGUCUGAUGAAGCCCCGCCAAAGCCGAGUAGACCAGGCUAUCCCAGUCCUCGCUCAAGUGAUGGAUUUUACCCCAGUCCCCAGCAUCCGGGACACUACCAGAUGGCAGGGUACCCCGGCCCUCACACCCUCCCCUCUGUGCCCAGCGCCCUGUACCCCCCACAGGCAGCAAUGCUGGACACACACCACGCCCACACACACCCCCGCCACCACGUCCACACACACUCGCACAUGCAGCACCUUCCCCAGCCUCAUGGACAGGACAUGGCACUAUGGGGCUCUGCGAUGGAGGACAGGGCAGUAGACAUGCAGCAGUGUGUAGGCCAGCAGUGCCUGUUAAUGGAGGAACAGCUGAUGAUACAACAACAGCAGAUGGAGGAGGAUCAGAGGUGGCUGGAACAGGAGGAAAGGCUGCUGAAACCAGACACUCGAAGUUCUAGAGGGAGUCUGGACAGAGAAGAAGGUGGACUUCAACCACCGACAGGAAACCAGCACAUAUACCAGCCCGUUGGCAAAGCAGAGCAUGCGGCUCCCCCAAAGAAACCCCCUCGACCUGGGGCUCAGAGCCAAGUGGGCAGUCUGGCCUGUCUAAAUACUGGAGACAGUUACAACGAUGGAGUCAAGCCCUGGCGGCUGCAGCCCCAAGAGAUAAGCCCACCCCCCACCGCCAAUCUGGACCGCUCUAACGACAAGGUGUACGAGAACGUGACAGGAUUGGUCAAAGCUGUGAUCGAGAUGUCAAGCAAGAUUCAGCCAGCUCCUCCUGAGGAAUAUGUUCCCAUGGUCAAGGAUGUGGGUCUGGCAUUGAGGACGUUACUUGCCACAGUGGAUGAGACAUUACCACAACUUCCAGCCAGUACACACAGAGAGAUCGAAAUGGCACAAAAGCUGUUGAACUCCGACUUGGCAGAGCUGAUCGGGAAGAUGAAGUUAGCCCAGCAGUAUGUGAUGACCAGUCUCCAGCAGGACUAUAAGAAACAGAUGUUGACGGCGGCUCACGCUCUGGCAGUUGAUGCCAAGAACCUGCUGGAUGUCAUCGAUCAGUCCCGGCUCAAGAUGAUGGCCCAGUCCCGCCCACACUAGCCAGCUGAGCCGACCAACAGGAGCAGGUCCGCUAUUUGAAAAACGGCACCGUGGCGGCUUCUGUUGGCAGAGAAGAAUAAAAGACUCCUGGGUUAGUGACGUCAGUCGUGACUCCUGAUAUGUGAGAGCAGAUGGAGGAAACAGUGGCUCUGUUCAUUAGAUGUUGAAUCCUGCGUAAGCCGAGGUAGUAAAUUCAUCUGGGAUUAAACUCUCCACCACUGUGACUUUCUUAAUACAAGAACAGAGCAAAACUCUUCCUGAAUCAGGGACUUGGCAGCUUCACUCUCUUUGGACUGGAUUAUAAUGAUGAGAGGAGGAAAGGAAUAUACUGGUGAUUUUUAAACCGUGGGCCCGGAUGAGCCGGAUUCCUAAGGUCAGAGGUUUCAGAGGCUCAAAAACACCAUCAUGUGAGCGGUUGGAUCUGGAUUUGUUGAUAUCAGAUAGAUUAGUCUUUGUGGAAUCUAACUUUUAAGCAAAGCCAUCAGAACCUGAUCAAACUGCAUUUGAUCUGCAACAUAUCUGCAUGAAACUUCACAGUGGGAAUGGACUUGGACAUCAGCCAGCAGCCAUGUCAGUGCGUUUGUUGACAUCAUGUGUUUUGACCCCUGGAUGUGAGCUUCUUUCUCAGUUGAAAUACCUCCACAUCACUAUGGGUGCUUGUCAAUGGGCAGAUCAAACCAGAUGUUUUCUGUUGAGCUUUGGGCGUGUGCAGUUCUUUGGGUGGAUGCUACAACAAGAAAACUCAAAGUAAAGACAGUCUCAGUUUGGUGCGGAGAAGCAGCCUCCCACCCUCCAUCGCUCCUCCCUUUUCUGUCCUUCAUCCCUUCCCCAUCUUCCCUCCGUCUCACCAGCUUUUAUUUAUAGACUCAGAAAUUGCAGAGGAGGAGACGGAGGGAGAGACGGGAAGAAAGGAUUAAAACUUAAAGACAGCGCAGCGCCGGUCUACUGCCUGAAGAGAGAAGACACUAUCCUCCUCUUUCCUCCCUAUUUCACUCACUUUUCAUUGUCACUGCUCCUCUCCCCCCCCGCAGUCUUCCUCAGCUCCUAUCUGAGCAGGUUUUAAAGACUCCAAAUGUGAAGAAUCCAACUCUGUCUGGGUAAACACGGCAGAUAGGAAACUCCCUAAUCGCACUCAGUUUAGCCUACUCUUUUUUAUCGGCUGGCUCCAUGUUUUUUGUGUUGUGUUCAGCAGUCACAGUCUUCUUCCUCGAUACUGAAACCUGUUUAUAACUUGGAAUACAAGCAGAUAUUCAAUCCCAGCACUGACUCUGAUGAGCAGAAAUGAAAAAAAGCAGAUGGUGGAUUUUGAUGAUUCAGUCUGAGUGACUGGAUACUUCCUAUUCAUCUACAGGACAUCAUGUCUCAAACUGGUCACUGAGUUUGACUUUAACUAUUUCUGUGAGGACAGCGUCUCCUCUUCUGUUUUUCUCCUCACCUACAGUCCCAGUAUAGUUCAGAUGUUCCUCAUCUAAGAUGGUGUCACGCCUCUAGCAGCCCCUUAGCCACCGGUGUCACAAAGUGAAUUUCCCAGAGAGAUAGGUAACCCUCACAACUGGAACCUUUGUGCUUUGAGACUCCGUUUUUGUCGGGUGUAACACUUUACAAAUGUCCCUCCUAACAACAGUCUCCAGGGAAACAAACACCCACACCCCCACACACACACACACACACACACACACACACACACACACACACACACGCAAAUGUGGAGCCACAUGACUGGAACUUGUCUUGCAGGCACAAAACACUGAACUGAAACUUCAGCAGAUCACACAUGUGUUUGUUAAUACUGACCCCACACGGAGAAUGACAUACUGCUAUAUGAAAUAUACUGGUGACUGUACUAGUAUAGCAUGAUAUACUGGUAUGGAGAAGAGCAUAUUUGCACAGCAAACAGCAAUUUUUUAACCCUAUUUUACCCAGAUUUGAUUUCCAUGUUUAGCCAGCAAUGAAACUGUCAAAUACCUGGGUGUUAUAGGGAUAAAAAACAUAAAACAAAAAAAACAAACAAACAAAAAACAAUCUAUUUUAUCUCCUUGUUGUUGCGUAAAUUUGCUCAUGUUGGUAUAUUGUAAGCUAUACUGGUGUGUAUCACUGGUGAAUUGUACAGAACUCGUACUAGUAAACACUGGUUUUUAUUUUGUCUUCUGGGCUAAAUCAGCCAUCUUGUCAAAUAGGAGGAAAAAAACAAUGAAAUAAAAUAAUGAUGAAA